AUGGCCGCCUCCACCCUGUCCGUCUGCUCCAGCAACCUGAGCUACGGCAGCCGCGUCUGCCUGCCCGGUUCUAGUGACUCUUGCACUGACCCCUCCUGGCAGGUGGACGACUGUCCAGAGAGCUGCUGUGAGCCCUCCUGUUGUGCCCCUACCUGCUGCCCAACCACCUGCUGCGCCCCCAGCUGCUGCCAGUCCAGCUGCUGCGCCCCCAGCUGCUGCACCCCAGCCCCCUGCCUGACCCUCAUCUGCACCCCAGUGAGCUGUGUGUCCAGCCCCUGCUGCCAAGUUGCCUGCCAGUCAGCCUGCGCCAGCUCCUGCCUGCCCUCCUGCUGCCAGCCCUCCUGCUGCACCUCCUCCCCCUGCCAGCAGGCCUGCUGUGUGCCCGUCUGCUGCACGCCCGUCUGCUGCACGCCCGUCUGCUGCAGGCCCGCGUGCUGUGUGCCCGUCUGCUCUGGGGCUGCCUCCUCGUGCUGCCUGCCCACCCCCUGCCCCUCGGCCUGCUGCAGGCCCUCCUCCUGCGUGUCCCUCAUCUGCCGCCCCGUGUGUAGACCCGCCUGCUGUGUGCCUGUCUCCUCCUGCUGUGGCCCCUCCUGCUGCCAGCCCAGCUGCUGCCGCCCAGCCUCCUGCGUGUCCCUGCUCUGCCGCCGUGCGUGCUCCCGCCCGGCCCGCUGA